AUGAAAACCCGAGGAUGGGAGAUCAUGAUGGCCCAAAAGAUUUUUAGAAUACGUUUGCUGUUCUGCUUUCUGGCUGCAUUCUUCAUCUCUGCCCGAGCUGAGGAACACGCAGGAGAGAGUCAACAUGCAAAUAUUCGCCUUGAUAAGAACCUGGUACAAGAUAAAGACCACAUCAUGGAACAUUUGGAAGGUGUUAUUGAGAAACCAGAAUCUGAGAUGUCUCCACAAGAAUUGCAGCUUCAUUACUUCAAAAUGCAUGAUUAUGAUGGCAAUAAUUUGUUAGAUGGGUUAGAGCUCGCUACCGCUAUAUCACAUGUCCACAAAGAGGAAGGUGGUGAGCACACCCAGGCAAUGAAAGAAGAAGAGCUGAUUAGUCUAAUAGAUGAUGUCUUAAGAGAUGAUGAUAAGAACAAUGAUGGAUACAUUGACUAUGCAGAGUUUGCAAAAUCACUGGAAUAAGGUUUUGCGGGGGGCUUGUUUCUCCUUCUAACUACAUGGAAAUGUGAACCGGUAUAAUGUGAUUCGUUACUGUCUCAUAUCAACCUCUGUGCUGUGAGAAGGAGAGCUGUACCAGUUC